AUGUCCUGGGGUCAUGCUGUGAGUACCGAUUUAACACGCUGGACACAGCUCCCUGAUCCACUUGGACUCAGAGCCGUGGGCUACGAAUCUGGCACCGUGACAGAAGCCUUCUUCUCUGGAGGCGCUAUCUCAGACCCGGAAAACACCAGUGGCUUCGCUACAGACGAACACGGCGCUCUUGUGGCAAUUUUCACGCUAUUUUACCCUCGAGAUAUCACUCAUGCCAAUGGCCAAUGCAUCCGCGCCGGCACACAAGCCCAGGGCAUCGCUUACAGCAAUGACGACGGCCUCACCUGGACACAAUACUCCGGCAAUCCAGUGAUCCCCUCCCCACCCACCGCCUAUGCAGACCAAUACGCCGACUUCCGCGACCCCGCCGUCUUCUGGCACGCCGCCUCCAGGAACUGGAUUAUGGUCCUCGCGCUCUCAGUCCUGCACAAACUCCUCAUCUACACAUCUCCCGACCUGAAGAACUGGACCCAGGUCAGCGAGUUCGGCCCCCUCAACGCUGUCGGCGGGAAAUGGGAGUGCCCGAAUCUGUUUCCCCUCCCUGUGGACGGCGACGCGGGGAAGCUGAAGUGGGUCAUGAUUAUCAGCCUCGACCCCGGUGGUCCUGUCGUUGGGUCGGGGACUCAGUAUGUUGUUGGAGACUUCGACGGGAGGAGCUUUACUGCUGAUGCGGAGAGUAUCCAUGCAGGCCCAACGGCAGACUCAAAUUUCUCCUCAGAUUCAGGAUUACCUGCUUAUAUCCAAACAGCCAACUGGAUGGACCACGGCCCCGACUUCUACGCCCCAAUCUCCUGGACCGGCGUCCCGGACUACGGCCGCGUCGCCAUCGCCUGGAUGAGCAACUGGGACUAUGCGCGUGAUAUCCCGACGGAGCCGUGGCGAGGCGCGAUGAGUGUUCCGCGCGUGCUGGAACUUAGGACGAUUGGUGGCAAGCUUAGGCUUGUGCAGAGGCCCGUUGAUGGGUUUGAGGGGCUUAUGCGACCUGAGCCGCUUUUUGCAAAGGCAUGGGCGAGUGUGUCGGCGGGGAGGGUGGCGCUGGAUGCGAGUGGGAAGGCACUGGAUGUGCGGUUGAGCUUCUGCGCUGAGGGGUCUACGGGAGUGUUUGGGAUUGCGCUGAGGGCUGGGAGAGGACAGGAAACUGUUGUGGGCUAUGAGUUCGAGACGGCCCGGAUGUACGUGGAUCGGAGGAAUUCGGGGAGUGCGUUUGUCACAAAGGCGUUUCCGGGCAUGUAUUAUGCGCCGCUAACGGCUGGGGAUGAUGAUAGGGUCAGGAUCAGGGUGCUGUUGGAUUGGAGCUCCGUGGAGGUGUUUGGGGGCUUGGGCGAGUCGACGAUCACGGCGCAGAUAUUCCCGGAUGACGAGGGGACAGGGAUAACAAUGUUUUCCACUGGGGUGGCGGAGCAGGUAGAGGUGGAGGUGCGAUCUGUCAACUUGGCAUGGUAG